CAAAAAACAAAAAUAACAUAACCUUGUUUUUGUUUGUUUAAUUGUUUAGAAAUCUUUUUUAAAACACCAACUUAAAUUAAAUGUCUUUUUUAUUAAAAACCGUUACAAAUACGCUUAUGCGAAGUAAUUUCAGAAGUGUCCUAAAUAAAAAUAUAAAAUGCACAUAUUUACUAUUUGACACUACUUUUACCAAGAACGAGAAUCAAAAAUCGACCAACAACAGCCUUAUGUAUGGGGUGGCCAUUGCGUCAACAUGGAUAGCAUACAAACUCUUCAAAAGUGGAAACAUAGUACCAACUGUUGAGGCGAGUACUGACCGAAGGAAUCAGUAUAAUUUCAUAGCUGAUGUUGUAGAAACUUGUUCCGAAGCUGUCGUUUACAUUGAAAUUAAAGAUGCCAGAAGGGUGGAUUUCUUUACAGGAAAACCUAUGACAAUUUCGAACGGUUCCGGAUUUAUAAUUAAAUCGGACGGGUUAAUUGUUACGAACGCACAUGUAGUUACUAACAAACCACAAGCGAAGGUGGAAGUACGCCUAUCUAACGGUACCGUUUACCACGGUAUGGUUGAAGAUAUCGAUUUGCGCAGCGAUUUAGCUACAGUACGUAUCCAAGCAAAGAAUUUACCCAUAAUGAAAUUGGGCGACUCUGGACUCUUACGACCUGGUGAAUUUGUGGUCGCGAUCGGUAGUCCCUUGUCUCUAAGUAACACUGUUACUUCUGGAGUGAUAAGUUCCACCCAGAGAGGUUCUGCCGAAUUAGGAUUGCGAGACAAAAACAUGGUUUAUAUACAAACAGAUGCUGCAAUUACGUUCGGAAAUUCGGGUGGACCGCUUGUUAAUCUCAACGGUGAAGCUAUAGGUGUCAACAGUAUGAAAGUGACGUCUGGUAUAUCAUUUGCAAUACCGAUAAAUUAUGUCAAAGACUUCCUAAAAACAGUACGUUCAAAUCAAACAUCACAAACAGAGAAUGUAAAACGAAAGUAUAUGGGAAUCACUAUGCUAACGUUAACGGAUCAAAUUAUUUACGAGCUGCAUCAACGUGAUCAAUUCAUUCCCCCAAGUAUCACGCAUGGGGUUUUGGUUUGGAAAGUUAUCGUAGGAUCGCCAGCACAUAGUGGUGGACUGCAACCAGGAGAUAUCGUCACUGAUAUUAAUAGUGAGCCUAUUAAAAGUGCCAAUGACGUCUAUGCCAUUCUUGCUAAAGAAAAAUCUGCGAAAUUAAACAUGACAGUGGUUAGAUCUGGAAAAUCUCUUAAUAUUUCUAUUACUCCAGAAGAUGUUAACUAACAAUAAAAAUUGUUUGAAGUAA